GACGGCCCAGGGCCCUCGACGAGCUCCCAGAGGACGACCCCGAUGCCUUCGUGCCCCUGGCGAAUGGCAGCGGGGACGCGGCGCCGGCGCCGGCGGCGGCCGAGGGCCAGGACGACCCCGAUCCCCUCGUGCCCCUGGCGAACGGCAGCGGGGACGCGGCGCCGGCGCCGGCGGCGGCCGAGGGCCAG